UUUUUUUUUUUUUACUAUGUCCCUGUCCGCUCCCUGUUUGCUCUUCCCCUGUGGAAUUUCGGGACUUCGACUUUUCAUCGAAGAUACUGGGCCUACUUUCGCCCUGGACUGCGGACCUCACGUACGCUAGAGAUUCAAAAGAAGCAAAAAACCAAAAAAGCCAUAUUUCAAAAUUCUCGAGCAAGUCCUGUUUCCAUAAUCAUAUACACGUCAUGCCCCUUUGUUUGAUACCCCCCGAUUUCCCAGUGUUUCACCACGCUCGGAUGUUUCCAUAUCCCUCAACGGUUCCCUCCCAUUCCUUUCGUUUCCAGACACCCCCUCACCUUUUAUUCUCUUCUUUCCUGGCGCUCAUCCUUGUCUUUGCCCCGACCAUGGUCUCGUUAGGACUGAAGGUCCAGUGCUCCAUGAACUGAUGGACAGCACUCUGUUCUCGCGCGUGAGAACAGCGGACAGGACAGAUAACGGAUGUGGCAGCCGUCACUUUUUCAGUGACACUCGCAGAUACAUGUAUGUUGGAAUGAUAGCUGUGAAUGGAAUGCUUAAAAAAAUAUAUAUAUAUAUAUAUACUCGUGUGCCAGAUUGUAGUGACUUUCGCGAGGUCGUA